UGUAUGUUGAUUUACCAACCGGAAGCGCUAGCCGGAAGUUGCUCCCGUAUUCGUGACGUGUUCUUGUAACUACUAUUUGCAGUUGCUGCUGACAUCAAAUUCCAUACUCAAAUGCGGCGAGAGUUUGCUGAUAAAUUAUAGCCACAUUCAGUACCAUAGGAAAGGGAUCGUGAUACGACCUACAAAAAUGACAACCAUGUUCGCAGACACUAUUCUUAUUGUUUUCAUCUCUGUUUGCACAGCUCUGUUAGCUGAGGGAAUUACAUGGGUGUUGGUGUAUCGUACUGCAAAGUACAAGAGUCUGAAGGCAGAGGUGGAAAAGCAAAGCAAGAAAUUGGAGAAGAAGAAGGAAACCAUUACAGAAUCUGCAGGACGUCAACAGAAGAAAAAGAUUGAGAGACAAGAGGAGAAACUGAAGAACAACAACAGAGAUCUAUCCAUGGUACGAAUGAAGUCCAUGUUCGCCAUUGGCUUCUGUUUCACAGCAUUGAUGGGAAUGUUCAACUCCAUCUUUGAUGGAAGGGUGGUGGCCAAACUGCCAUUCGUCCCACUGUCCUACAUUCAGGGCCUUUCCCAUCGCAACCUUUUGGGCGAGGACUUCACUGACUGCUCCUUCAUCUUCCUGUACAUUCUCUGCACCAUGUCCAUCAGACAGAACAUCCAGAAGAUGCUGGGUCUGGCCCCCUCCAGAGCUGCCACCAAGCAGGCUGGAGGUUUCUUGGGACCCCCUCCCCAGGCAGCUAAGUUCUCCUAAGAACCAAGCACAUGGGUGGCGUUCCAGGCUGAAUACAUUACAGUCCAAUGGUUGUGUACCAUGUCAUCGAGUGUGCAGCCGAGCAUCAGAUCCUAUAUCAUAUGAUGUGAUUUUUGCAAUGUAGUCUGCUUAGAACGCGUCUUCAGUCCUAUUUCUACACUGUGACUGUCUUGCCACAGAGAGAAGGGAGCGGACAGCCCCCUCAUCUGUACAGAGAAUGACAUUGCUGUCACAAAGAUGGAUGGGACGACUCUUUGUAUACAUUGAAUACCAUCAGCAGCUACUGUAUCAUUCAUUACCUGUACCCAUUAUUUCAUUGAAGUUUGUAGUGUACCUGGUUUGACCCAUUUUCCUUAUUUUGAUGCUUUAAGUUUUAGUUUGAUUAGUUUGACAUAAAAGUAGCUAUGAUUGUGAGUGCUAAUGAUUUACAAAAUUUUACAAAAGUAUGAGAUAUUCUGUUUAUAUUCAGAUAAACAUUGUGAUAAGAUGCUAAACAAAAAUCGUAUGAGAUUGGAAUAAAUUAAGCAGAACUGGGAGUGGAUUGGCUGUUUGGUUCAUCAGUACAUUAUGUGGUUGCCUGGCUCUGUAGUAUUUCAUUUCUUACUUAUUGAAUAAAUGUUUUAUCACAUUUUA